GAACGCCUGAAGCGCCUCUCCAGCGACACUCCUGCGGCUGUUUGUAGCGGCGUCAGUAGCAGAGUAGCUCCGGCAAACGUAACGGUCUUUAAAAUGAAGCAAAUCAGCUGUCCUCGUAUCUGCGUCAUUAUCCUGAGCGCCGUCGUUUUUACGGCCGUGCUGGUUAUGAACGCUUUGGCCGGAGCAGGCAGAGGGCCUUUCUAUUCCUCCACGGGUAACGUGUCAUCACGCUAUGAGACCAACAUCACUCCAGCCGGCUGGACCUUCUCCAUCUGGGGUGUUAUCUAUACCUGGCUCACAUUGAUGGUCUUAUACCUCACCUCCUACGUGUUCAGGGGGUCCUGGGCUCAGAGUCUGCUGCCCUACACCUUCUAUUUCUGCUGGCUGGCCAACAUGGUGCUGAACAUCGCUUGGCUCCUGCUGUGGGACAGGGAGUUAAUGCUGGCAACUCUGGUUGUAUUAAUCCUCAUGGCCAUUUCCAGCUACAGUGCUUUGUGGUGCUGCUGCUUUGCCACAGAUCACUAUGGACUCUGGUUACAGACGUACCAUCGUAAAGACCUGGCCUGUCUCAGGAUACUGGUGCAGAACGGUUUGGCUCUAUAUGCCACCUGGCUCUCCAUCGCCUCCCUCAUCAACUUUGCUCUGGUUCUCCACAUGUGGGGUGUGGACAGAAGCACAGCAGCAACGGCGUCUCUGUGCAUCCUGUUUGCAGAGGUGAUGCUGUGGUUCAUUCUGGAGAACUGGGUGCUGGACCGUUGGGUGCGUAACAUCCUGACAAUCUACCCUGUGGUGAUCGUGGCUCUGGUGGGAAACGUCUUCAGACACUUCAAUGCAGCGGAUCCCACUCCAAACACUUUGUUCAUGGUUGUGCUGCUGGUGGUGGCGUGUGUCCUGUUGGUUUCCCGUCUAUGCACUGUGGUAUGGAGGAACAUGUGGCGGCCCCUCCACUCCCCCGGUUCAGCCCGGCUGAUGGUGUCGCCCCUCGAUGGCAGCAAGUUCAGGAUGUUUGCUUGAAAACGUACUGCUUGACUCCUGCUCCUCUAGCUCUGCAUUCAGAUGCUUCAGUGCAUUCGCAUCCUUGUUUUAUAUUUUCUCUGACCACUUCAUAUGUUGUGUUACUUUCCUUUAUAUUUUUUUGUGGGGGGAUGAAGCACUUUGUGCUACACUUUAUAAAUGAACAUUAAUUGAUUGAUAGGGAUUGAGAGGAGGUGGAUUUAAAACUGCAAAUGGUAUGUUAAUAUCAUCUAUAUGUAAUGUGCUUUUAUACAGAAUGUGCACAUAACUUUGUAAUACCUUAAAUGUAUUACUGUUUGAUAGAAAGUUUUAACUGAAACAAUGUGUCUACAGUUGAAUUAGGUGUUGGCUUUCUAAUUUUUGCUAAUUAAAGCAUGUGCUUUCA